ACAAACUCAUCGAAGAAAAAUCUCAAAUCUAUUUUUUGGUUUACUAUAACCAUUAUGGUGAUAUUAUCAUUGAUAUGUUCAGAAGGUUAUAAAAUUCCCAUUACAGGGCCGCUAAUGAAAGUCGAAAUUAAGAAUAAUAAUACAUAUAUUCUUGAUGUGCAUUGUAAAUCAGCAGACGAUGAUAUAGGGUCGCGUGCUCUUAAGAACGGUGAAUCAUAUCGUUGGCAGUUUUAUGUUAAUUUUUUUAAUAGUACACUAUACUUUUGUGAAUUUCAUCAAGGUAAAGUAACCAAAGGUGUGUUCGACAUUUACGAUGCGCUUAGAGAUUUUAAAAGAUGUACUCGAUGUACAUGGAUGGCAGAGACUGAUGGUGUUUACGGAUUUAGUGAGAAGAAACCACCACCAGCCGCAGUGUUUUAUAAAUGGUUAAAUUAG